GAAGGAUUAAAUGUUCACCUCAAGUGAAGGAGAGCAUGUUCCCUAAUUCUCCUAAUGUGGGUCGUCCCCCCUUCUCUCCAGCUCUUCUUUCACAGCAACAGAUCAUCAAUGCUCUCAACUUCAGGAAUGCAAGCUUUUCUGGUACAAUCCUGACAGGAGUUAUUACUCCACGGCCAUCAGUUGUGUGGCCUUUAAAUAGUGCCUGCCCUACUUAUUCACCAGGUCUGCCCAAUAAUGUCGGAAGGAAACGAAGAAGUGAUGAGCGAACUAGUCCUUAUGAAGUCAAGCGGCAGCGGUUUCAGUCACCACCUUCUCGACCAUCUGGCAGUUCAGUGCCUUUCGUUGUUGACCGCAGGUAUUCUGUCCAAUCACCUGGAAUUUCAUCUCUGCUUCCACUCACGGAUCACCCGCAGAAUACCCUUCAAGUGGCCAGGGAUAAGUUGAGUCAACAAGUUUUGGAUCUGUUCUGCAACUGUCAACAACAGUCGAUUGAUCUGGAAAAAAAGGAUCUAUGCCGCACACAGAUUCAGAGAGAAAUCCAACGGAUAUUCCCACAAACAAGGUUGUAUUUGGUUGGCUCUUCACUGAAUGGCUUUGGUACUCGUUACAGUGAUGCAGAUCUGUGUCUUGUGUUAAAGGAGGAGCCGAUCAAUCAAAGAAGUGAAGCAUGUCACAUACUAAGUUUAGUUCAGCAACUUUUCUACAGACUAUCUUACAUUGACAGACCUCAACUGAUCCGAGCAAAAGUGCCAAUAGUAAAAUUCAGGGAUAAAGUCAGUGGUGUGGAGUUUGACUUGAAUGUAAACAAUGUUGUGGGAAUUAGAAAUACAUUCCUACUGAGAAGCUAUGCAUAUAUUGAGAGUCGUGUCCGUCCUCUUGUGCUGGUUGUGAAAAAGUGGGCCCGUUACCAUGGAAUUAAUGAUGCUAGCCGUGGCACAUUGAGUAGUUACUCUUUGGUACUGAUGGUGUUACACUACCUACAAACUCUACCUGAACCCGUCAUUCCAUCUCUUCAGAAAGAGUAUCCAGAGUGCUUUGAGCCCACUAUGCAGCUGCAGUUUGUGCACCGAAGAGGAAGUAACAUUACUCCAUACCUCUCAUUAAAUAGCUCAAACCUGGGAGACCUGCUCGUGGGGUUUCUGCGAUACUAUGCUACAGAAUUUGAUUGGAAUAAUUCAAUAAUUUCAAUUCGUGAAGCCAAAGUGAUUCCCAAAACCAAUGAAAUGGAAUGGAAAAAUAAAUAUAUUUGUGUUGAAGAACCUUUUGACAGAACAAACACAGCUCGAGCUGUACAUGAAAAGUGCAAGUUUGACAUGAUCAAAAAGGAGUUUCUGCAGUCAUGGCACAAACUUAAAGAUAAGAGAGACUUGUUCAGCAUUCUACCAGCAGCAGCUACAACAGAGUGUGGGGGAAGAUGACGGAUUGACCCUACUUGCAGCUGUUGUCCUGAAGAAAAGUGGAAACCCUGUAGCAAACAAACACCGCUUCCAUCACUGGGAGGAUUUUGUCUGGCAUUGAUUUCAUUUAAAAACUUAUCUGAUUUAUAAAGGUUUUUUGUCUUUUAUGUGACAACAAGAACUGUGGAUUUUCUUUUGUCUUUUUCGUUUCCUGCAUUUGUCGCAACAAGCUGACAAUGAAGCCUACAUAAUAAGAACACGGAAGAAUAAAAUCCUAGAAUUAAGGACAGAUGAUUAUUAAAACAAAGUCUUCCUUUGAAAGAUCCUUCUGAAUCCUCAAAGGUAAAAGUUUACUUAAGUGAUUUUAAUGGAUUUGCUGCAAAGUUCGGUCUGUGCAAUUUGACGAGGGAUAAGGAAGUGGGAAGGAUAUAAGAAAUAAUGAAUAGCAAAAUAUUUAACCAAUGUACCAUCUCAAUUGCACUAUUUUGAAUGGUAGCAGGGUUAUCAUUUGCAGUGUUAUAACUGUAAUAAACUUUCAUUUUCAAGUGGAAAGUAAGAGUCCUGCUGCAAUCUAAAAAUAAUUGCUGCCCUUUUUUUGCAUAUUAAGAAAUCAUAUUUAUUCAUUCCUCACCCCAUUAUUGUGAUUCAAUGUAACAUAUGCUGAGCAAAUAUGUUCAUUCCUAUUUCCCGGACAUCAAAUAAACCUUAAUUCAAGUAUAAUGCCACCUAAGUCAUCCUUUAUUUACUUAAAGAAAAGUAACUAGAAAAUACAUCUUGUAGGAUGCUGAGCAAAAUGUUGGUGAAAAAUGAGGUUUUCAUUUUCAGUUUAUUUAUUAAACCAUUCUAGAGGCCAAUUUCUAAAAGUGCUGUCUUUUUAAGUAAUUAACUUGUUACUUUUAUGUUUAUUGUUGUCUAGGUUUAUUGUAUAUAAAAUAUGGAAAUCAGUUUUUGCUAUGUUCUAUAUCUCAUUUUUCUUUUGAAAUUCCCUUUUGUAUUUUGUAUAUUGUCUAAAAUUAAAUAAAGUUCGCAUAUGGAAAAUAAAA